UCGCCAUAUUGUGCGGUGGCGCCGGCGGCUGCGGGGGCUGAUACCUGAGUCUCCCUCCGGCCGCGGCCAGCGGAGCCCCGGGCUGGGGUAGGAGCCGCAAUGUCUCAGGCUGUGCAGGCAAAUAGAACUCAACCAUUAAGCAAAACAUGGGAACUCAAUUUAUAUGAAUUACAACGAACACCUCAGGAGGCAAUAACAGAUGGCUUGGAGAUUGUGGUUUCACCUAGAAGUCUACACAGUGAAUUAAUGUGCCCAAUUUGUUUGGAUAUGUUGAAGAACACCAUGACUACAAAGGAGUGUUUGCAUCGUUUUUGUGCAGAUUGUAUUAUCACAGCUCUUAGAAGUGACAACAAAGAAUGUCCUACUUGUCGGAAAAAGCUAGUUUCCAAAAGAUCACUAAGGCCAGAUCCAAACUUUGAUGCACUCAUCAGCAAAAUUUAUCCAAGUCGUGAUGAGUAUGAAGCUCAUCAAAAGAGAGUAUUAGCCAGGAUCAACAAGCACAAUAAUCAACAGGCACUCAGUCACAGCAUUGAGGAAGGACUGAAGAUACAGGCCAUGAACAGAUUACAGCGAGGCAAGAAACAGCAGAUUGAAAAUGGCAGUGGAGCAGAAGAUAAUGGUGACAGUUCACAUUGUAGUAAUGCAUCCACACAUAGCAAUCAGGAAGCAGGCCCUAGUAACAAAGGGACCAAAACAUGUGAUGAUUCUGGGCUUGAACUUGAUAAUAACAAUGCAACAGUGGCAAUUGAUCCAGUAAUGGAUGGUGCUAGUGAAAUUGAAUUAGUAUUCAGGCCUCAUCCCACACUUAUGGAAAAAGAUGACAGUGCACAGACAAGAUAUAUAAAGACUUCAGGUAAUGCCACUGUUGAUCACUUAUCCAAGUAUCUGGCUGUGAAAUUAGCUUUAGAAGAACUUCGAAGCAAGGGAGAAUCAAACCAGAUGAACCUUGAUACAGCCAGUGAGAAGCAGUAUACCAUUUAUAUAGCAACAGCAAAUGGCCAGUUCACUGUAUUAAAUGGCUCUCUUUCUUUGGAAUUGGUCAGUGAGAAGUACUGGAAAGUGAAUAAACCCAUGGAACUUUAUUACGCACCCACCAAGGAGCACAAAUGAGCUUUUAAAAACCAAUUCUGAGACUGAACUUUUUUAUAGCCUGUUUCUUUAAUAUUAAAGAUGUACCAACAUUACUUUUAUGGACAGAUCUUGGAUAUGUUGUUCAAUUUUUCUUUCUGAGCCAGACUCUUUUACACUUUUAGAAUCAUUUCCCCUUAAUUUAAGAUUUACUUUUUGGAAGGGACUAUAGUUAUUCAGUACUUUUGCUUUCCUUUGAAGAAUAUAUCUAAGUUGUGUGCUUUCACAAAGUUUGGUUCCAUUGGGAGCACCUUUGACCUGGGAAUUUUUCAUAGUUCUGUAUUCUUAAGUGAAGAUUCAGUUGGCCGUCCCUUUCCGUCUCCCCUCAAAAGUUUUUUUUAGGCCUACAGAUUGUUAAUAUGUAUUCUGACUUUUUUUCCUUGGAGUCUUGUAUAUUUAUAGUUUUCUAUAUAAACUGUAGUAUCUUCAUGAAGACUGAGGCUCAAACUUACUGUGCUUAAAAACAAUUCUCAUAGGAUUAUUAUUUUCAUGGUAUUUUCUUCCAUAAUAUCUCGUUUUUAAAAGAGGCUCUUUAUGAACUUGGUGUCCAUUGUCAUGCAAUGUUAUUUUUUUUUCCUUUUUUCCUCCCUGUAAGUUUAGAUGUUCUGGUCUUGGGGAAGAGAAUCAAAACCUUAAGUUCUAUGAGCACAGGGGUCAUUGACAUAUUUCACUGAAGAAAGAAAAAUUAAAUUGAUAGUAAUACGUAGUCCUCAAUUGUUUAUUUA